AUAAACAAGUUUAAAAUUAACUCUACAAAAAUGUCCAAAAGAAGAAUCGAAGAAGAAGAAGAAUCUGAUAUUGAUAUCAGCAGCACAGACUCAGAAAACUCUGACCAAGAGGAAGAAGAGGAGGAAAUCAUUAAUGUUGACUUUGAUUUCUUUGACAUCAACAAAGAUAUAGAUUUCCAUGCUAUCAAAAAUUUGACCCGUCAAUUGUUAGGUGAAGAUGGUAAGAAAAUUCAAAUUUCACCAUUAGCUGACUUAAUAUUGGAAGCACCAACAAUCACAAUCAAGACAGAUGGUAAAGAUUCUGAUCCAUACGCUUUCCUAACGGCUUUAAAUUUGAAGGAUUUGAAAACUAACGACUACUUGAAAUACAUUCAUAAAUCAGAUGCCAAACUUUCAGCUUAUUUAAACAAAAUAUCACAUAAAAAUAAUGCAUUAUUACUCGGUGAAAGAAUGAUUAAUAUGCCUAUUCAGGUUAUCCCAGCUAUUUUCAAAUUAACAUUAGAAGAAGCUGAAAAGGCAAAUGGUGCACAUUUUGAUCACUAUUUGAUACCUUCAAGAAAAUAUGAAGUUAACGAUGAAACUGAAGAAAACUCAAAUAAAAGAAUUAGAACUGUGGAGGUUGACUAUUAUCAUUUUGAAGAUAAAUUCUUGGAAGAUAAUGCAUCAUUCAAAACCCAAUUAGAAUCAAGAGGUGGGAUUAUACAAUCAUUCAUUGUUGUUAGCCAUGAAGGUGUGAUAAAAGCUAUCGGUGAGCUAGAAGAUGUCAUCACAUCCAUGUUUCAAUAGAAAUAUACGUCUACAUGGACAAUUUCAAUUUUUUUUUGUUUUUGCAUUCUUCAUAUUGACCAAGGAUCUAUUCCUAUUAAUGAACCGUAGACCCCAUUCCCACAUCCAAAUAGUUGCCAUCUAUAACCAACAUGAUCAAGCCAAAUAGUAAUAGGUUUGGUUGUUUUCUUAUAACCAGCAACAUCAUUAACAGAAGGAACAACAAUAUAAGCUGUUCUACUGUUUGGUUUAUCUCUGGCCUUAACAUCUAAGAGACUGCCACUCAGUUGUUCAACAGCAUCAUUAAACUCCAAAC